AUGCCGUCCGCUGUCACUCUCCGCCCUCCCGACCGGACCGACUGGACAAACUGGAUGAAUUCACAGUGCAAUGGAUGGUGUGGGCCUGCAACUACCCUCCUAGACGAUCGAAACAUGCAUACCUCCCGCGCCGCCUUGAAAAUUGAUACCGACCGUCGCUUCUCCCAUCACACAGCGCUGGACUCAUUAUCAAACGAGGGUCCCAGUCCAGCUAAGCUUCGCCGACGAGCAUCUCAAGGCUCCCUACGCACCAAGCCUUCCCCCGUCUCCCGCUUUCUAUCCAAGAGCAGCGUGUCCGUCCACUUCCCAUCCUGGGACCAGCGCGGCUCCUCGCCAUCGCGAAACCGGUCGGCCGAUUCCCGACUGCGCUUGUCUAACACCGUGUCUCGCGGGCCGAGACCGUUGACGGCUCAAUCUCAUUCCCCAUCGACCUCUUCUUCACCGUGGAACUCGCCUCCAUCUUCUUUCCAGUCGGAUUACUCGGUUACAUUGCCGCCUACUCCGCCGGAGGACGAUAGCCAUAUUGCCUGGAACCCUCAGUCGGAAAUGCUGCUAUUUGACGAUCAUCCGCAUCAGGAGCCGGGUUCCUCGGCCAUGAUGGAUGAGGGCCCUGGGAUGGACACUUCGUCGACGGGUCGUUCCGAUACUCUGAGCAGUUCGUCUAAUGGGUCUUCAAGCUCGGGUGGCAGCCCAGGUCCUCACGACGAGAUGGAUUUGCAACAGGAUGUGGGAUCGUGGCUGGACCAUGGUAUCAAUGUGACUGUAUCAUCAUUGGGAGUUUCAAACCCACGAGGCGAAGCUGUCAAGAUUGUCUCACAAACACUUCCAUACCCACGACCUUCUGACCAGUCGAUUUCCGUCCCGAGAAACGACAGUAUUUUCUACUCGGUUGUCCGAGCUGUGCACGGCCACUUGCAACAGGGCCACUCCCCAUACAUCAAUGUCACCCACGCCGUCCCCGAACAAUUUAGUCUCUCCAACCUUCCCCACUCUCCCCCUAGCACUCCUCGAUCUCCCACCGCUGCCGAUGAAUACUUCAACGCGGCCGUCUUCUCCAGUGCAGCCGUUGUAGGAGCCUAUCAUGACUACCGCGGGCCGAUUCAGAGGCAGAUCGUACACGCCCCGAUGCCUAUUGUUCCGCCCCACAGUGUCCAUAUCUCUGUUCUCGAGCGGUACCUUCCCCCGCCGUCCGCACAGGAGUACCGCGAUGUCUUUUGCGCUACUCGUCCAUCCUUCCUUGUUGAUCGUCUCUCCGAGUUGUCGCCGGAUGGCGGCUCCCUUCUCUUCGUUUACCCCACGAAGAAGGGUGCUUCGACUUUCAAGUCCCAAUAUUUGGGUCCCCUGCUCGACCCGCUGCUGCGACAGCUGGUUGUAGUGAAUGGUCUGUCCGCCGAUGUGGGUCGUUAUCUGGGCAAGUUGUCCACCGUCUCGAUGAUGGACGACUUUGCCACGAUGAAAGCCAACAUUGUUGCCCUCUGCGAGGAUCUGAGCUCUUCAUCCUCGCAGUUCCAGGUAGCGGAUGCCGGCAAGGCUAGCGCCCAUCUGGACCGUGAUCUUUGGGUGGAAUGGUAUAUCCACCAAGAGAAAGCCCGGAUGAAGGAGGUGCUCAGCCUAUACUGCCAGAAUGGCCGCCGGCCACCAGUGAACAAGGCUCUGACCACAGGUGGCUCGGGCGGUCUUAUGCCUGACAAGGAAGUCACCUCUUCUAUGCUACUGGGCGAGAUCUUCGACGGUAUCCGCAAGCGCCGCUAUGGCGAGGACAACGAGCCUCGUGACGGUGUGGAGCUGGGUGUGUUCGUGAUCCGACGCACCCAUUAA